UCCAAUGCAGAAAAAAUGCAAGUUCGGUGAUCACAUAUUACGUUGCCUGCCAGGAACCUGGAUAACCUGGAUGGAAAGUUAGUUCCCUUUUGGGCUGGUGGUGAGGACGGGAAACGCCUCUAGAUCCACCGACCCUUUCACCAAGAUCCAUCAUACAUUGGGACUCUCCAGAGCUCCAAGGCUCUAUACGCGUUUCCACCUACCCACCCACACACCCACUCUUGAGAAAGAGGGGUGAUGGUAAUCCUCUUUCUUUACUAGGAAGUUCGCUAACAGGGUAAUAAGUCUUGUGCGGGUCUUCUUGCAGUUGUUAGCGUAUUUCUGGCGCUUAUUAGUCUCUAUAUCCUCUCUCAAUAUCAUGACGAAUCUCUAAUCGCGGCUGCGGAAGACUUGUCUCGUGGAUAAACAAUAUCGCAUUAACCGAGCGUCCCGGUGGAAGAUCAUGGCUGCAACUAGGAAUUCUGUAGAAGGCGGCCUCGUCAGCUCGGUCACGGAAUAUGUCAAGUCCUAUAUGGCAAAUUACGACGGCUCUCAUGAUUUCAAUCACAUACAACGUGUCGUCGGACUUGCCAAAUACAUUCAUGACCAUUUGCCGGAGACGCCUCCGCGGGAUCGGCAAAUUGUGGUCCUGAGCGCGCUUCUACAUGAUGUAGGAGACAAGAAGUAUCUGAAGCCAGGCGAGGAUGCAUCAACCUUGGUGUACCAGCUACUCCUCUCUCUUGGUGCCGCCGAGCAGCUUGCAAGUCGCGUCCAGACGAUCUGUCUAGGCGUCAGUUAUUCCAGCGAGAUCAAGAAUCCAACUCGAGUCCAGGAUCUCAUCAAGUCUCACCCGGAGUUGGCUGUCGUGCAGGAUGCUGAUCGCCUCGAUGCUAUUGGAAGCAUUGGGAUUGGUAGAGUGUUCACCUUUACAGGCGCUCGAACAACAAGAUCCAUGGCCGACUCUAUUCAACACUUCCAUGACAAGCUAUUGAAACUCGAGAGCAUGAUGAAGACGGACGUUGGACGGGAGCUUGCCAGGAAAAGGACCGAAAGGAUGGAAGAGUUCCUUAAGUGGUGGGAUGAGGAAGCUGCCUUUUCCGGUGAGUCGCCAGUUGUGACUUGAAAGCCGAUCCACAAGUCGGUAAUGGUUCCGUCUGUACCAGUUUGUCUCGAACGCAGAUAGAAUGCUCAUGUUAGGUUAACCUCGAUCAUGUCAACGAGUUGUUAGACUUACUUUGCACCAAACAAUUGAAUAGUUCACACUUCAACGUAUCUGGUGUUAUCUGCCGACAAUUUAGCUCUCCACUCUUUUCUCUAGAGGCUACGGAGACAUCCACCUACGAAUCCAUACUCGGAGCCGACAGCUGGCGGAUCCGAAUGAGGGACUUGAGUGUUAUCAGGGCAACACAUCAACGUAUAAUAGUAGGUACUAGGAUGAAGUCCGCUCUAGCAACGUCAAGAUGAUUGAUACGCGACGCCACAAUGUCAUCGUAUCGCGACGUUCCUCACGGCCGAUAUAAGACCUAGGGGUCCUCCAUGAGACAGCUCGGCCGUAAUAUCACUGCAGCGAGUCUUCGAUCGUGCCUAAUACGAUCAAUUAUAACAAUGGAAGAAUA